AUGACAGGGACGGAGGAGCCGACGGCGAAGAAGAGAGUCGUAACGGAAUCUCUAGGAUGGCUAACGGAAUCGUCGAUUAUGCCAAAGAAGCACAGAGCCAUAGAAGGUGUUGGAGCAUCCUCCAUCCUCGAAUUGAAAGCUCAACUCUACAAAUCUCAAGAAGAUUCCAAAAAAUCCCGAGAAUUAUCCGGCGCUGACGCCGAAUAUCAACGAGCCAAAAAUUUCAUCACUUCCAAAGAUCAUUUCUCCAAUAAGAACUCCGGUGUCGAUGCACGUGCUAACAAGGAUAAACUUGAAUUGAAAGCUGUUAAUGAUGGAUCAGUGAGUUAUGCUGCAUUGGAGAAGAAGGCUGCAUUGUAUGAUAAGUUGGUUAAGGGAGAAUUGUCUGAUGAAGAGGAUAAAGAGAAGUAUUGUGUUGAUUUUGUUCGUAAAGGGAAUGAUGGUGAUGAUGUCUCUACCACUUCGAAUGUGUUUCAAGAAAAUGAGCGUGGUGAUGGUGAUGGGGAUGGUGAUGCUUUUUCACUGUUUAAUGUGAAACCUGUUGGGCUUGGUCGAGCUGCUGGAGUAUUUGACGGUGCUGAGCACAAGCGAAAUGUUAGGGAAGUUCAUGAAGAAGCUAAUCUGGCUAGAGAAAAGACUUCAGAAAUUAAACUACGCAGACAGGAGCAGUUAGCUGCUCAACGUAAGAAACUUAAACAAGCCUAUCUUCGGAAAAAAUUGGAGCAACUGAAGUCCGCUUCUGUUGGAUCUGAAUCUGAGAUUAAGCACACGUGA